UGAUGGAUCCAGUCGACACGGUGAAACGCGGCACGCAGCGCACAGAUUUCUACGUGAAGGGCGGAUCUGGUGUGGCUCGUUUUCCCACGCAACCCACGAGAGGGGGGAAAGGGUCCGGGGGAUUUGGAUUAUUAUUUGGAGCACGGAUUUUUUUAUUAUUGUCUCGCGCAGCCAGCGGUGUAAACCCCGCACGCAUCGACCCAGCAGCAUCGCCAUCGCAUCGCAUCGCCGGUCGGAUAGCGCUCGAUUCCUCCGAGCAGUGAGCGCCGCUGAGGAGGGAAGGGAAGGGAAGGGAAGGGAAGGGAGGGAGGCCAAAGAUCGCCGUUGUCAGGGAAACGUGCGGGGCUCCGGCAGGAGCGCGGCGGUGUUUGUUUGUCCAGAUCACGUGGCCCGCAUUUGGAGCACGGGGGGCCACUUCCUGUUUUACUCCAGCUUGGAAACGGACGAGCUGCUGUUGUCAGAUGCAACAAAAUGGCUGCUAGGACGAACCCGCUACAUCUUUUGUAAUCUUCACAGUCUUGUGUUUUUUACGAUAAAAUUGCUGUGGUCUUGGGAGGGGAACAAAAAAUUUCUUUCAAGAAACUGGACGUUUUGAAGAUUUUUCUUCAUGCGAUUAUUAUCAUUGUCGGUUGUGCUCGACAUAAUGAUCUGUCUGAGCUCCUAAAACCAUCGCUGGCGACAUCAUCAUCAUGAUCAUCACGCUGCCAGGCUUUUGCACUUUAAAAUAGCCAGCGAUCGCAGCCGAUCUCGCCGCGCGCGAUUCCUGCCUCUACUCGUUGACAGCGUGGUGAUCGCGCGCUGUCACUCCGUCGGCCUCUUCUUCGCCGCGCGCCCGAGCGAUCGGGGACAGGUUGCUGCUGUGAGCGCCGGUGUCGGGGACCUGCCGCCUUCUCCUGUCACCAUGAUGAUCGUGUGCUGUGUGGGAGCAUCAUCCGUGCUUCUCUCGCCACAAACGUCGUAUUCGCCGUGGCUUCAGGAAAGGAUCGAAAGGAUUUAAACUUUUGGAUUGCUUACCCAUAACCACCAAGCCAAGAGAAGAAACGCGGAACACAGCAAGAGAACCGUUUGAUGGAAGAAAAGAAAAAGAAAAAACAAGAAGAAAAGAAAAAGAAAGAAUCCGCUCAGAAGAAGGCUGCUGAAAACAAAACCAAAGUGCCCGAGUCAGCCAAGGCCAGGGCUGGCGCUCCAACCCCUGGCGACCCCCCGGCGAACUCCACGCCCGGCAGUAGCAGCGAUGGCAAGCGCCCCCCCUCCGGCGCACCCCACCCGCCCCGUGAGCUGCCCCCGCGCUUCCGCCACCACGAGCCCAAGCAGCUGUUGAGGAGGGGCCAGCCGCUGCCUGCCGGGAGUCCGCCCCCCGGCUCCCCCCAGGCUUUCUCCACCAAUCAGCACGCAGAGCCUUCCCACCACAUUGGUCUGGCAGCCAAGUAUGAGAACCUGCAAGGAAGAGCUCCAUCCAACAGCAGCUCGGACCCGGUAAUUGUGGACAGGAGCGACACUGAGGCGUGGCCCUGUGUGUCUCGCAGCGACGACCACACCCACACACUAUGUACUACAGAUUCUGAUUGUGCCGCGGAGACAAGCAGCGGUGGCAGCAUGAGCACGGCUACAGACACGGGCCAGCUGGGCCGUUAUGCAGCCCCUCACCCAACCAAUGGUGGAGCCAGCCAGGCCCAGCCCUGCUGGGGUUCUGCCACCUUAAACCUGAACUUUAAUUUGAACUUGAACCCAAACUCCAAUCCUUCUGCGUGGCCAGUGUUGGGACAGGAGGAGUCGGGCACCAGGGAGGCCGGUUUGGGGAGUAGAAAUGCUCCACCUCCUGGACUGUGCGGUUCGUCAGGAGCUCCGGCCACUCAGGGUGGCAGCGGCGGUCACAGUGGUAACAAGGCCAGCUCCUGUGCUAACUUCAUGGGGUGUGGAGGCAGCAGUGCCUGGGGCGACCCGGAGUCGCGGUCCUCCCCGCCCACGACCGCGGCCUUCAGCAGCGAGCCGCAGAACCUUAAUGCCGAUGGUCCGAAUGGCACUAAGCGAGAGUCAUCGAACCCAGUCUGCCCUCUUUCUGAGCCUAACUCUUUUGUACCGCCUCCGCAGAGUCCCCUGCAGGUCACUGGAGAGGAUGGCUCAGGGGACUCCGCCUGGGACUCGGCACCGACGGGCUGGGGUAGCGGAGGAGGCGGAGCAGGAGGCGCGUGUGUCUGGGGGCAGGGGAACGGAGGGGAGUCGGGAAUCGGCUCUCUGCGGGAUCACGCCGAUUCCUGGGGUCACAGAGUCAGUGCCCCUGCCAGUGAGGGCAGCAGCGACAGCCAAGAGAGCCCUUCGCAGCGCAGGGAGAGGCCUCCCGCAGAGGAAGCCAGCCCAAAGCUGCUAACCCAGGACCUGGACCCUCGCGUGCUGUGUAACACGGGCUGGGGCCAGACGCCAGUCCGCCAGCACACGGCAUGGGACACAGAAGACACUUCAGGAACACAAACGUGGGGAUCCCCAUCUCCGGCCACUCCGACAUCCACCGUUCCAAAACCAGCAAAUGUGAGGAGAAGUGACGGAGCAGGUCACAGUGCCACUACAGCUCCAACCUGGGGGAGUUCAGGCCCACCCCCCAACCAGCUGAGCUCCACAUGGGGAGAGUCAUCUGGUAAGAAAGUAGCUAAUGGGCCCACGGAGUGGGGCAGCGUCUCAGAUGGUCCAAGCACUGGAGCCCCUGCACAGUCCUGGACCCCUGAGGAGAAGUCUCCCAGCUGGGAUGACCAUCAGGCCAAACCAGACAACACCUCCCAGAGUUGGAGUGAGGGGCCCACUCCCACACCAUCUCGUGGCUGGGGGGGCGCAGGUGGUGGUGGGGUCAAAGCAACCGGAGAGGAAUGGGCUCGUUCCGAGGAAGGAAAGAACGACGGCCCUGCCCGUCCCCACUGGGAGGACACUCCUCGGGGCUGGGGGCGAAACGCUCAAGGGCACGGAGGAGGCUGGGAGGACACGCCGCGAGCCAGCGGCCCCAGGCAGGGUUGGGGAGGUCCGUCGCAGGAAGGCGCCAGCGGCAGCAGCGGAACAGGAGGAGGUGCUGCUUCCUGGGGUGGUGCUGCCUCUGUGAGGCAGAGCAGCACAGACUGGGGAGGAGAACUGGCAACGGGAGGAAAUGGAGGUUGCGGCGGGGCUGGGGGGCGACAGGAGCCCACCGGGUGGGAAGACCCCUCUCCCCCUUCCCUCCGCCGCAGGAUGGAGAUCGACGACGGCACCUCGGCUUGGGGCGACCCGAACGCUUACAGCAAGACCGUCAACCUGUGGGACAAGAAUGCUGCCUGUGCACCCACCAGCGGCCGCCCCUCCGCUCCUGGCAGCAGGAACGGCAACAAGCAGCCCUGCCACGCGCCCCCACGCCACAGCCAGCCCCACGGGCCUUGCGGGAACAGCGGCAGCCUGUCGGACCCGUCGGGACCUCAGCAGCAUGGACCACCCAGCAGGACGUCCCUGGCGCCCGAUGGUUGGGGAGAGGCGCCAGGAACACACCCCAAAGCCGAGCCCUCGUGGGGACAAGGGCCAUGCCCGCCCCCAACUGUGGACAAUGGGACAUCGGCGUGGGGCAAACCCCUGGCCAGCUGCAGGGGCUGGGGGGAUGGCCCAGAGGCCCCUGGACCAUUUGGCAGGGGUACCACAGCCCCAGGAAGUGCCCCCUGCAAGUCAGCUCCCAAAUCUAUGCAAGAAGGCUGGGUGGGCGGCAGCGAGGACCCAAACCCGACCGGGGGGCCAUGGGAGGCUGAGGAUGGGGAAGGAUGGAGCAGCACCACAUCCCAGGAGAGCAAUUCCUCCUGCAAUUCCUGGGCUAACCUGCCCAGACAGGGACCACAGAAGGGAAAAGUAAUGAACAAAAAGGAUGAUUCCUGGAUCAUGAAUCGUCUGAUCAAGCAGCUAACAGACAUGGGCUUCCCGAGAGAUCCAGCAGAGGAAGCACUGAGGAACAGCAACAUGAAUCUGGAUCAAGCAAUGAGCGCCCUGCUGGAAAGAAAGACAGAGCUGGACAAGCGGGGUGUGGGUGGUUCAGACUAUAACAAUGGACCCGUUCACAAGACAGCGGGCUGCCGGCCUGGAGCGCAGUCCAAAGAACCCGCCUCCGAACGACCUGCCUUCCUGGACAAGAUGCAAAGCGGCAUGAUUGGCGGUGGUGGCGCAUCGCUAGGUCGAGCCAUACAGCAGGCUCCUCCCCCUCCGCAAUCAGUCCCACCUCUCAACUCCUCCCAGCCAGGUCUUCGCGCUCAAGUGCCUCAGUUCCUUUCCCCUCAGGUUCAAGCACAGCUCUUACAGUUUGCAGCAAAAAACACUGGCCUGAAUCCUGCACUUUUAUCCUCUCCAAUUAACCCUCAACACAUGACCCUGCUGAACCAGCUGUACCAGCUGCAACUGGCGUACCAGCGUUUACAAAUCCAGCAGCAGAUGUUGCAAGCCCAGCGCAAUGUUUCUGGCCCCAUCAGGCAGCAGGAACAGCAAGUUGCACGCACAAUCAACAACAUGCAGCAGCAGAUCCAGCAGCAGCAGCGCCAACUGGCCCAGGCCCUUCUGAUGAAGCAGCAGCUGCAUGCUCCCUCCCACCCCGGCACCGGCAAGUCGACCCUGGACAGCUUCCCGGGCCACCAUCAGGCCUCGGGCCUCACCGACCUGCAAACCAAAGAGCAACAGCCCUCUCCCUCCACCUACAUCCCUUACCCUCUUUCCGGACUGAACUCAAAUGUGAAUGUGAGCAGCAUGGAGGCUGGCAACCUGUCUGCGAAGGACCCCCCCCAGCCACAGUCGCGCCUAGCCCAGUGGACGCAUCCCAGCCCCAUGGAGAGCCUCUCGCCGCUGGAGACAGGUCUCAGCAAGCACGGCCGCAAGCUUUCCCAUGCACAAGGGCAGCCGCCGAUGGAUGACGCCUACAGCCCCUACAACCUGCUCCCCAGCACCGAUUUGCCCUCCGGGUCGCUGGUGAGCCCCGAGAGCUGGGGUCAGACCCAAGGCCCUGGUGACAAGCUCUCCAACGGGACUAACAUCAGCUGGCCUCCAGAGUUCUGCCCCGGAGUACCCUGGAAAGGGCUGCAGAAUAUCGACCCAGAGACAGACCCCAACGUGACCCCCGGCAGCGUGCCCAGCGGUCCCACUAUCAACACCACCAUCCAGGACGUGAACCGCUACCUGCUGAGGGAUCGCAGCGGAGGUAAACUUUCAGACAAGCCCACCUGGCCCCCUGGGUCCACACCCCACGGCCAGGCCCCGCUAUCUCAUGAGCUGUGGAAGGCACCUCAGGGCCCCAGGAACACGCCGGCCCCAUCGCGCCCCCCCCCAGGCUUAACCAACACCAAGCCCUCUUCGGCCUGGGGUGGCGGAGCACUCAGCUUGGCGCCAGGUUGGGGAAGCUCCUCCUAUGCUGCAGGAACCACGUGGAGUUCAGAUAGCUCAGUCAGGGGCAGCAGUUGGCUGGUGCUGAGGAACCUAACCCCCCAGAUCGAUGGCUCGACCCUUCGGACGCUGUGCCUGCAGCACGGGCCCCUCAUCACCUUCCACCUCAGCCUGACGCAGGGCAGCGCCGUCGUCCGCUACAGUUCCAAGGAGGAAGCCGCCAAAGCGCAGAAGUCGUUGCACAUGUGCGUUUUGGGAAAUACCACCAUCCUGGCUGAGUUUGCUGGCGAGGAGGAGGUCAAUCGAUUCUUUGCACAGGGCCAGUCCCUCACACCACCCGCCACCAGUUGGCAGGCCAGCCAGGGCAACAAUCAGGCAAGGCCGGGAUUGGCAGGGGCGGGGCCAGGGCUGACGGGGGCGGGGCCUGCGCAUGCUGCGAGCCAGUGGAACGGCAGCCAGGCCAAGGCCAGCGCUGGUGGCGGCAAUGGCUCUGGCAACGAACUGCUGUGGGGUGGGGCUCCCACACACUACUCCAGCCUGUGGGGAGCCCCCGGCGGAGAGGAUGCCGGGCUCAUCGGAAGCCCCACCCCGAUGAACACGCUGCUGCCUGGAGACCUGCUGAGCGGAGAGUCCAUGUAGACUCUCAGGCGUGCAGCUGGUUAGUCGAGUGGCGAUAAUCAACAUUGGAGAAGCGGAGUCGGCAGCCUCCGUGUGAGAACCUCCUCUGACCUCCUCCUGUCAGUCAGCUCAUCCUCCCGCGAAGAACUCGGAAGAGGUGCUUACACGGAACGAGCCCGCUUAUCUCCUCCUCCUCUUCUAUUUCUUGUGCUUCAUUUCCAACGUUAGAAACCCGAGGAGGUGGAACUUCUGCCCUUGGACUUGCUCUUAUCAUUUGGAUAAAAAGAAGAUUUUUUUUUGAUCCAAUGUACUUUAAAAAACAAUGUCUCUAGUGACCUCGUGACCUUCCGCCUUCCUCAACACUUUCCCCUCCUCACUCACCAUCGCUAGGGAAUGCAUCACAGAGGACAUGCACUGUAGGAAUGUUUCCAGAACAUUCUUUUCUUACUCCAUUUUGUUUAUAUGCCCCAAUAGUAGCCUUAACCAAUCUCAAGCCUGGAUCUUUCAUGUGCUUUGUACUUACUGGAGACAUUUGUCGAAAUUGCACACUUUCAUCUGAGCCAGCAAGUGUACUGGAGAAUGAGCACGAACAAUGAUGUCGCGUUGCAACACGAGGUUCAUGUGAUGCAGUCUGCAACACCACGUCCCACCCCCCGCCCCUGAAAGGAAUCACACUGCUUUUCGUUUUGAAUGUCUGAUCUGAUUUUAUAUCUAUCUAUCUAUCUACCGCAAAAUAAUCUGAGGGUAUAGUAGAUGCCCUGGCUGAGCGUUUGAGUGUUUGUGCGCACUAUAUGCAGCCGUAUCUAUUUAUGUACGCCGGUGCAGCUGUUCGAUAUUGCCCUAAAGAAUUGUACGAAAAACACUUUGCCAGCGGUACCACCGAGUGUUUGAAAGACUAGUUGCUGUUCUGGUUUUAAUUUUAUUUCUCUUAUACGAAGUCCAACCCAGCCAAGUUCACCUUCACCUUCUAGUGAUGUGCAAUAUAUUCCAGACUCCUGUCCAACAAGUGUUCUCAACAAUAUAUAUAAUCUUUUUUUUUUUUUUUUUUGCCAAUGCCAAGACAGACAAGUCUUUGUUUGGUUCACCUGUUAGGAAGGUCCGGGGCUGGUCGUCAUAGCACUUAAUGGGAGAACUUGGAAACGCCAGCUGCUAAGCCAAUGAACCCAAAAGCAGAGAAGCGACAAAGCCUUUUUAUUUAGUUUUUAUUCUGUUAUCUUGCUAUGACUUACUCAUUUCACUUUUUUAAUUUAAGUAACGGAAUCGUCAUGAAGAAUGGCAGAUGAUCUUGACUGCUGUGAAUGAGAAAUUUGAAGAGGUGAAACAGCAGCGUUACAGAGUUGCUCCUUAGGUCCGGAUACGCUUGCUCUGUUUUAAGUGCCCCCACGCAUCCCCCCCCCCAUCCGUUAGAAGUAACUGGUGAAACUAGUCUGCUCCCCAUGAAAUUAAACAUGUUUUAACACCUACACUUCAGCUUUCUCCAAUCUGACCAUUGCUAUAAUGGUCACUUGAGCUGGAAGUGAAAUUUGCUCUGAUCAUCUCGGGGGUUCUUUGCUGUCCUCAUUGUCGGUCGCUGCUGUCACUGUUUUUUGUGUCUCUCAUCUAUUUUCAGGAAUUGCUGAUACAUUGAGGGGUGCGGUGCUAAUAUUUUUUCUUGUUUUUUUUUCCCACAACGCAUUUUUUCAUUUAAUUGAUAUGCAGUCUGACCCACGAGGAAAAGGAAAAAAAAAAAAAAAAGACACAUCAUUUGUCUCUAUGCAAAGUUUUGAAGAGAGAGGCAGCUAUCUCAGAACGAAGAAGGCCCUCUUGCACCAUCAUCCUCCCUGCACGCUUGUUGCUGAAAGCGGGUCCAGAACACGGAGUCACCCUUUCAAAUAUGUUUCCCUAAAGAGCGAUGCGCCUGACAUGCUCUUCACCUCAGGGCAGCACAAUUCCACAUCUCUGUUCCCUAGAACAAUGGUCAAGGCAACUUCCGUGUUCGUGCCGUCCCCCGCGUGGCCUCGAAGACCUCGAGAAACGCCCUCCCGACCUUGGGCCGAACAUCAAGCCGUCUCGAAUGUUGCUACCUCAAGUUUCCUCUGUAACUCGUGAUUUAGACUCGUCUUGAAAACCAAGCGUAGGAAACAAUAUGUAACAACACGUUCGCCAACAUCUACCCUCGUUUCACAUCGCACGCCGGCGCCUCACGCAGCUUCUUAACUCGCUCUCCUGAAAACGCAUACGCUCCGCAGCGAGGGCAGCCGGUCGCCGUCGCUCUCUUCCGCACAGGUUUCCCGAGGAAUUGCCCGCUUCGUGUCACACUCGACUUGCAGAAUGCCUUUGGAAGUCUUCUGCCGCCCAUUCCAGUCCUGGCGCCAGCGAGCGACACCUCCUGAGCUCCACCGCCGCCUGUAACACAUUCAUUUCCCUAGACAGAGCCCCGCAAGUUUCUCUCGUUCCGUUUCGCAGCGGAGAUCAGCAACGCAUUCGUCACUUUUGUUUCCCGGGAAAGGGGCUGGGGGGGUGGGGGGGGGAGCGUGGUGCCAUGAUCUUGUACUGGGGGAAGGAAAAAAAAAGUCCUCUCUUCUCUGAGCUGCCGGGCUGAAUAUCCGUGUUUCUUCAUGCUGAAGAACAUAUACCGGUGUAUGUGCGUGUGCAAGUGUAGCUUAUAGUUUCUUACCUUAAUCUAAAACCACUUUCCCCCAGCUGCAGCACCACUCUGUUUUUUUUUUUUUUUUUUUUUUUUCCAACAAUAUAUAUUUUUUCACCCAGGUGAAAAAGGUGGUAAACAUAUCAAUAAUGAAACUGAUUAAGCAGUACUUGAAUUUAACAAAAGCG